UCUCGUCCUCCCUCGCUCGCUCCGGGUGCCGACAGGAGGCGGCGGGAGGCUGGGGACAGGAUGGAGGAGAAGAGCCCGUUUCUCUGCGGGGUGGUGGAAGGAUUCUAUGGGAGGCCUUGGUCUAUGGAUCAGAGGAAAGUUCUCUUCCAGUGGAUGCAACACUGGGGGCUGAACACCUACCUGUAUGGUCCGAAAGAUGACCUUAAACACAGACUGUUGUGGAGAGAAGUCUAUUCCCCCGAGGAGGAGGGUCAGUUGCGUACUCUCAUAGUAGAGGCAGAGUCGAGAGGCCUGAGGUUCGUUUACUCCCUCUCUCCUGGUCAGGACAUCGUCUUUUCUUCUUCCUGUGACCUGACCCUGCUCAAACGCAAGCUGAGACAGGUAUCAGACCUGGGUUGCCAGGCCUUUGCCAUUCUGUUUGAUGACAUCGAUCACUCCAUGUGUCAGGCCGACAGCGAGGCCUUCUCUUCAUUUGCCCAUGCUCAGGUCAAUGUAACCAAUGACAUUUAUCGGUUCCUGGGGGAACCACCCGUCUUCCUCUUUUGCCCAACAGAAUACUGUGGUUCUCUGUGUUCUCCCAGUGUCUCCAAGUCUCCCUACCUGCAGACUGUUGGAGAGGACCUACUGCCAAACAUAACAGUGAUAUGGACAGGCAAUAAGGUUAUCUCUAGGAAACUGUCAGUAGACUGCCUGGCGGAGGUGGAGUCCGUCCUGCAGCGUCCCCCGCUCAUCUGGGACAACCUGCAUGCGAAUGACUACGACUCCAGACGUCUCUUCCUGGGGCCUUUCAAGGGUCGGGAGACCGGGUUGAGGAGCCACCUUAGGGGCCUGUUGCUGAACCCGAACUGCGAGUUUGAGGCCAACUACAUUCCACUGCACACGCUUGGGAGCUGGUACAGAGCUGGGGAAGAGGAGAGGAAAGAUGAGGAGUGUGAGUACUGUCCUGAUAGAGCUCUGUCUGCUGCACUACAAGAUUGGAUGGAGGAACUCAACCAGCCACUACAAGCAGGCCGUCAGUGCUCACGAGCAGACCAGCGUUCCGCUACUAAAACUCCUGACAGAUCUGAAGGCCCCUCUGGAUUCAGAGGAGCCCCUACUGUGGCCAAACUCCCCGUCUUCCCCCUGAACUCCAGCUCACCACCAACAUCACCCACUAAGGUUAUUGGGGAGAGGGAGGGGCAAGAUGUGGAUAAGCUGAGAGCAAACCCGCCUUGUCAACCCAAUCACCAGUCUCCAGGAUCCAGACCUGGUGCACCAUCAGGGGGAAGCCGAGGACAGAAGGCCCAGGGAAGGGGGCUCUGUCUUGGGAAGGGCCUGCUAAGUGAAUCCCAGGUGCGGCUGCUGGUUGGUCUUCACUAUCUCCCACACGAACAUGGACCAUCUGCCCAGAAACUGCUACAGGAUCUGACCUGGCUUAAAUCCAACUGUGACCUGGUCAGCUCGAACAGCAAAAAGGCACCUCUGAAGGUUGAUGAGUGGCGUGGUCGGGCCUCUAGGUUCCUGUCGCUGUGUGAAGACAUCGCUCAGCUCCACUGUAGCGUGGUGGGUGGGGCCAACAGGGCUGUGCUUUAUGACCUUUACCCUUAUGUGUGGGAUCUGAGGAACACAGCUCUGGUGGCAAAGGCCUUCAUAUGCUGGCUAGAUGGGCGAGUGUUGGGUGACAACUCCAACCUGGGCUCCUGGAGAAACUGCCUCCACUGGUGUGGGAAGACCACUGGGGUGGACCUACCAGGAGUGGAGUCAGAGCCGUGGGCGUUCAAAGGGGGCGUGUCUGGGGAGGUGCAGAUGCUUCUCCCAAUAGGAAGCAGCAGUGAACUCUUCAGUCAUCCUCCUCCUCUCUUCCCCACCUCACGUCUCUAUAACGUCAGGCCCUACCACAGCAAGGACAAGGUGGAGUUGUAUCGGAUGGUCCGGCAGCUUCACCUGAGGACUCAGGGUGGCUCAGAGUCUAGUUGUGCUCACCCAGAUAUCAUAGGAGACAGAUGUCUCGGACCUUGCCUGGCGCUGUGCCCCGAGUACAGCUUCAUCCUGGAGGAUGAGCUAGGUGUGUGUGGCUGUGUGUUAGGUAUCCAAGAAGUCCGCUCCUUUGCCAAGCGCUGCCAAGCUAGCUGGCUGCCUGCCAUGAGGGACAAAUACCCAACCAAAGGAGGCAACACACACCCCAACGCGCAUGUGAAUGAACUGAUCCAGCUGAUGGAGGAGGACCAGGGCGAGUACCCAGACUCGCUCCUCUAUCACUUCCCCUCCCAGCUGCGCCUGGACGCUCUGCCUGAGCUGGUGGACGUCAGCGUCAGCCGCACGCUGCUCACUGCCCUCCUCACUGCCCUCAAGGCAAACGGUUCUCAGGGUGUGUUCUGUGAAGUGCAGCCGACAGACCGCCAUAGGCUGGAGUUCUUGACCAAAAUGGGCUUCCUGGAGAUCCUCAGAGGAGAAGCCAGGAGCCGAGAGGGAGUGGUGCUGGGGAGGCUGCUCUGAACAUAGAACAUGCACAAACAACACACACAAGGUCACACACAUACACAACACCACACACACGUGAAGGCACUUGCACCCAGAUGCAGUUACAGACACAAAAUGAGUUUUCAUAUUAUUAUCUUCAUCAAGAGAGAAAACAUUCAUUAUGGGACGGUUCUGGAUUUCUUAGAUUCUGAGUGGCAGUAAAGAGGAUGAACCCACAUAUUUCUGAGGGAUUUACAAAAUAUAAAAUAAGCCUUGAAUGUAAACCCUCAGCAGAUCUGUGCUAAUCUGUCUGGGAUUCUUCCCCUGGCUGAGGAUUGUGAGGUGUCGUCUAGUUUGACAUGAGAGCAGAGAGCUGGAAAACAGCAGCAACGCACUUCUCUUGUGAGGGACAAGAGUCAUUCAAUCACAUUCAUAUUUUUGUUUAAUGGCUAUAAACAAUAUGGCUGUUUGAUGACAUUGAAUCCACAGAGAAAAAAGGUUUGUUUGCAGUCCACCCCGGCUCUUUGGAGCAUUUUAGCCAAUUGUUUAGUUUUUCUGGCCUCCAUCUUGUGUGAUGCAGUUUUUCAUUUCAUUCAGGCUUCCCGUUGGUGUUGUUUCCAUUCCCUUAGACCCCUUGUAGGAUCAUCAAGGUUGAAAGGGGAUGUGGCUUUAUGUAGGACGAGACACUGGUGGUGGUUGAUGGAAAAUAGAGAUAGUCUACCUGAAUGAUUUAUGCCAAGCACAAUUUCUCAAAAUGAAUUCCUUUUUCUUUAAGCCAACAUAAGAUAACUCUCUCCUGAAGCCAACUGCAGUUGAACUGCUGUGGUCCACCAUGAGCUCUGCUCCCACUUCAUAUAAACAUUUUUUUUUCCCCCAAUAAGAUAGGUUAAGUUUCAUGCUCCUAUCCCGCUGGUUGAAUAAUUUGCAGACUCCAGACCAGACCCGUGCACAACCUCACUGUUUACACUCGCUUAGUUUGGAUGAAUGUUUACAUGCAUGAUAAAUAAAACAUAGUGUAGCUUUUCACAAAGUGGAAUUACAUGUCCUGACACUGGCACAGACAUAAUUUCAAUGGAAUGAUCUAGCAUGGCAAUAUUAAUGAAUAUGUUUCCAUCAUAGCUAUAAAGUCUUAGGAGAAAAAAGCAAUUGCAUGCACGCUAGAACUAAUCAGAAAACCCCCAUGAAUAAUCAUCAGAUUUCUGUGCAUGAAAACUAUCAUUCAGACAUGAAAAUGAUCAUUCAGACAGAUAAGAUACACAAAACACACAAACAAAGACAGACACACGUACACACUUAUCUAAAGUUUACACUCGUUUUUGUUGGAUAUAAUAAUAGAUACCUCUCCCUCAUUCAACACCAUUUACACUUGUCAGAUACAUUUUCUUUGUGUAUUUAUGACUUUGUAUGAGGUGUGUAAGUGUGUGUGUGUGUGUGUCAAAUAUACAAACUAAUAAACAAAUCAUUCUGCCUUUAUUCCAAACCAUAAAGAACACACACACACACACAGUCAUAAUAAAAGAAGCACAACAGCACUCACAAUCAGAUCCUCAACUUAAAGUAUGUAGAACUAUGAAAGUUCAUUUUUUUGUAAACACAAAAGACAAAGCUACUUUUUGUGCAAGUAUUUAUACUUCUACUUUUGAUUUCUGUUCUUUUUUAUUAUUAUGCUCGAUCAAUCACAGACUGAAAAGGCACUUUUAUACGUCUUGUCUCAUCGUCCAACCUCAUCACCAUCUUCUAUGAGAGUCUAGUCCCACCCAGAACUUAAAAUGAUGUAAACAACUACACAAAAAAAAGUCUUAAAGCACUGAAAUAGAAAUGCAUGAUGUAAAGAAACCUUUUAGAUAAUAUGUCCUUGUUUGUUGCAGAGGGUAGUACACAACACGAGGUAUCAUCUACUUAAAAAAUGUCUGUGAAUGUGGGCAUGUGUGGUUUGGUAAUGGGCAAUAAAUGUUAAUUUACACAGGCAAUAUGAAGCACUGCGAGAAAAAAAACGAAUAAACUAUGACCUAAGCACUUCACUUUUUUUGACGGAAUAAUAAUAAAAAAAGGAUAAUAUUAAUAGUUGCCUUCAAACUCCUGGAUUAAGUGGCCGACCACUCACAUGACCCGUCGUCUACGUGUACUCAUUGUCUCACUGUCUGCCUGCACUGACCUACAUGUACAGUUUGUUUUACAGUGAGUUCCAGUAGAGUGCUAUUUAGUAUGUCUAUGCAGAGUAAUGAAGGUUCAAACUAAUUACAGUAGAAUUCAUUGUGUUUUUAUUGAUAACAGUAAAACUGUCAUUUUAACAGUAAAUUACUUCAUUGAUCUGAAGUGUUGAUUGAAUGCCGAAUUAAAAGAUCUUUUCUUUCCCCUUUAA